ACCAACCACUCCCACCACCACCCGCCGUUACAUAUCACCUGUACCUCAUCUCCGUGGAAGUAUCACCCACACCUCCACCACCAGCAUCAUGGCCAGCACGGUAGCCAUCCUCCUCCUGUGCGCGGCGGCGGCGUUGGCAACGACGACCUGGACGCCGGUGUCCGCGGCGGACGCCGGGUUCACGACGUUCAAGCUCUACUUCCACGACGUGGUGGGCGGCACCAGCCCGACGGCGAUCCGCAUCGCGCAGGCGCCGUCGUCCAACACCUCCUCCACCUCCUUCGGCGCCAUGGUGGCCAUCGACGACCCGCUCACCACGGGCCCGUCGCGGUCGUCCUCGCAGGAGAUCGGCCGCGCGCAGGGCACCUACACGUUCGCGGACCAGAAGACGUUCGGCCUGCUCAUGAUCAUGAACUUCGUGUUCACCGCCGGGGAGCACAACGGCAGCAGCCUGGCCAUCUUCGGCCGCAACGAGGUGCUCAACAACAUCAGGGAGAUGAGCAUCGUCGGCGGCAGCGGCAAGUUCCGCAUGGCGCGGGGGUACGUCCAGGCGCACACCAUCGACUCCGGCACCACCACCGGGGAGACCGUCGUCGAGUACACCGUCAACGUCAAGGCCUAGCUAGCUACAUCCAUUUCAGGGACAGAGUCACGGAACCUUGCCAUUCUUGCAGGAUCACUUUGCUCCAUCCAUGGCUGCUGGCAUUUUUUUUUUCGAUCUUCUUUUCGGUUGUACCGUGUCAUACUUCUCUGUGACAUUGAGAAUUCAGAUCCACUGUUCGUCCCUUA